UGCCUAUAUGGUGCGUGUUAAUCUCUCUUAUCUCUGUCUAAUAAAUUCCAGUUCAAUCAUAUUCACGAAGUUAAUUCAAAUUCAGUUUAGACCCCCAAAGAGUAGUUUCAUUCAACAGUCUAUUUUUCUGGGAAAUUAAUUCAGUUUCCACGUCGAAAUGUCGAAUUUUAGAGCCGAAGCAGAAGAACAUCUCCUGUCGUCAGAACAUAGAGCCAAAAUCGAAGUGAGGGAUCUGACGAAGUUGUCGGACAAGGUUGUAAGGAUUCUCAACAAGGUCAACGUUGACAUCCCGAGAGGGAUCGUGAUGGGGGUGAUGGGACCCAGCGGCAGCGGCAAGUCAACUAUACUGCGUGCGCUUAACCGGAUGUGGGAGCCGGCCCCCGGUUGCGUUUUCCUUGACGGAGUCGACAUCUGCGACCUCGAUGUUCUCUCUCUCCGCCGUAAAGUUGGCAUGCUCUUCCAACUUCCUGUUCUCUUUCAAGGCAGCGUGGCAGAUAACAUUCGGUAUGGGCCGCAGUUGAGAGGGAAGAAGCUGAGCAAUGAGGAGGUGCAUAACUUGCUUGCUCUAGCGGACUUGGAUUCGUCGUUCAGCAGCACCUCCAUUGGAGAGUUAUCCAUUGGCCAAGCCCAGAGAGUUGCUCUGGCUAGGACCUUGGCAAAUGAUCCCGAGGUUCUGCUGCUGGACGAGCCAACGAGCGCCUUGGAUCCCAUAUCCACACAAAACAUAGAAGACGUUCUAGUGAGGUUGAAGAACGACGUCGGUAUGACUAUUGUUAUGGUUUCCCAUAGCAUCAAGCAGAUACAGAGGAUAGCUGAUGUGGUCUGUCUUGUUGUCAACGGUGAAAUUGUCGAAAUCUUAGACGUGCAACGCCUCUCUGAGGCCAAACACCCCACAGCAAGAGCCUUCCUUCACCUCAACUCCUAAUUGCAAUCACUACUCCAAUUCUCUUUCAUGGCCUUCGGUUUCACCCUUGUUUCAGUUUCCCAAUUGUGUACAUUUAAUUUAUGUCUGUGACAUGAAUAUAUAUGUUACUAAUGAUGUGAAAAUAUAGAGUUAAUCAAUA